AUGUAACCACUUUGUGAUCCAGCACAGGAUAGAGUAGUCAAGUAAGUUCCUUUACCUCCUCAUCGACCUCUAGAUAAUGACCUGAUGUUUCCAGCCAAGAAUUAAGGGAAACCUGACUGGAAACUCAUAAAGGAACAUUUAGAAAGAGAGGGAAGAAUUGCGAAAAAGGAAGUAAUAAAGUUGGUGACAAUGGCAAACAAAAUCUUUAAGAAUGAGGGCAGUUUGAUACAUCUGUCAGAUCCUUUGACCGUGGUGGGAGAUAUUCAUGGAUAAUUUUAUGAUUUUCUUAAAAUUCUUGAUGUUGGAGGCAAUCCUGAGUCUUAGAAAUAUGUGUUUUUGGGGGAUUAUGUUGACAGAGGACCAUUCUCCAUAGAAGUGUUAAUUUUGUUGUAUUCACUAAAAAUCAAUUAUCCACGCACUAUCUAUAUGUUGAGAGGCAAUCAUGAAUGCAGACAACUCACUUCAUUCUUUAACUUCAUGGACGAAUGCAAAUACAAGUACGAUUAAGAAUUGUAUGAUGUUUUCAUGGAUUCAUUCGACAACCUUCCAUUGGCUUGCAUUAUAAAUAAUCAAUUCAUUGCACUUCAUGGAGGAAUCUCUCCAGAAUUAAGAAAUGUCACUGAUGUCAAUUUGGUAGAGAGAUUCAGAGAACCACCAAAGAAUGGACUAUUCUGUGACAUCCUUUGGGCAGAUCCUGUGGAUAAUGAUGAUGGAAUUUGCGAAGGACAAUUUCGAAUUAAUGAAGUCAGAGGCUGUUCAUACUUUUAUGGAAUGGAGGCAGUUAGUCGAUUCUUGGAAAGAAACAAAUUGAUAUCUGUCAUCAGAGCCCAUGAAGCUCAAUUAGAAGGAUACAAAAUGCACAGAUGGGAUGGAGGAUAAGAUUUCCCUAUGGUCAUUACAAUAUUUUCGGCUCCCAAUUAUUGUGAUGUCUACAAUAAUAAGGGUGCUGUCAUUAAAUUCAAAAAUAAUGAUCUGAAUAUUCAACAAUACAAUUAUAGUUAGCAUCCAUAUCUAUUACCCAAUUUCAUGGAUAUCUUCACUUGGUCUAUUCCAUUUGUUGCAGAAAAAGUCACUGAAGUGUUGUUCCACAUCAUACAACCUAGAGAUGGGGAAGCCAUGGAUGAGAUCGUUGAUGAAGAUGAUAUUGCCAAAUUCAAGGAAUUAGUAGGAGACUAACAACACAAAAAUAAAGAUGUCUUCUUGAAAAGCAAAAUCAAAUUUGUUUUUAGAAUGAUGCAAAUUCAAAAAGGAUUAAGAUAACAAAGUGAAAGUCUAGUCUAAACCAAAGGAGCUUGUCCUGACAACCGUAUACCUAAAACACUUCUAGAUAGCAUUAAAGAUUCAAAUGGGGCAUUUUAGACUGCUAAAAUGGCUGACUCUAUCAAUGAGAAAAGACCUGGACUCAGUUAAUGAUAUUCAAAUCAUAUAAAAACACACUCAUUUAAUUUACAUUUUUAAUUAUAAA